UUUACAUACUCCUCACGUCCUCUCUAUUUCUCUAAACCGAUUGGAGGAGAAGGUCAGAGGGGAUGGACCUCUGGCUUUCUCAUCCAAUGGGCUUUGACGAGGUAAGGAGAGAGGAUGCCAGGAGUAUGUAAAUGAGAUUCUCCCAGUGUGCAAUUUGGGUGAGCUGCUGAGGAGCCUCCACAAGACCUCUGACCCCCAGCAGGGAGUCACAGCAACCUGGGGUUACCUUGGAGACGGAACAGGAAUCUGGAUGUAACCUGCCAACAGAAUGUCAAUAAAGAAUUACCCUGAAGGCCCAGAAUGUUAACCUGACGACUUCUUGAUGACAGUACAAGAACUGAGCUGAAGAUCAAUGUUCGCGUCACCACCAUGGACGCUGAGCUGGAGUUCGCCAUCCUGCCCAGCACCACUGGCAAACAACUCUUCAACCAGAUAGUGAAAACCAUCGGGCUGAGAGAGACCUGGUUCUUUGGCCUACAGUACCAGGACAGCAAAGGCUUCUCUACCUGGCUCAAACUCAACAAGAGGGUGACAGCUCAGGAUGUACGCAGGGAGAACCCUCUGUUGAUAAAGUUCAGGGCCAAGUUCUACCCUGAAGAUGUAGCUGAGGAACUGAUCCAAGAGGCCACGCAACGACUUUUCUUCCUGCAGGUGAAGGAAGGCAUCCUGAAUGAUGAUAUCUACUGUCCUCCGGAGACGGCUGUGCUGUUGGCCUCCUACUCUGUUCAGACCAAACAUGGAGACUACAAGAAGGACUACCACUUCCCUGGUUACCUCAGCAGGGACAAGCUGCUUCCCCAGAGAGUUCUGGAGCAGCACAAGCUGAACAAGGAGCAGUGGGAGAAUAGAAUAAAGGUGUGGCAUGAGGAACACAAGGGAGUGCUGAGGGAGGAUGCCAUGGUGGAGUAUCUGAAGAUAGCUCAGGAUCUAGAGAUGUAUGGAGUCAACUACUUCAGCAUCAAGAACAAGAAGGGUUCAGAGCUGUGGCUGGGGGUAGACGCUCUGGGCCUCAAUAUAUACCAGAACACUGACAGGAUGACCCCUAAGAUCGGCUUCCCAUGGAGUGAGAUCAGAAACAUUUCCUUCAACGACAGGAAGUUUGUUAUAAAGCCCAUGGACAAGAAAGCCCCAGAUUUUGUGUUCUACGCCCCUCGUCUGCGGAUCAACAAACGUAUCCUGGCGUUGUGCAUGGGGAACCAUGACCUGUACAUGAGGAGGAGGAAGCCAGACACCAUCGAGGUCCAGCAGAUGAAGGCCCAGGCCAGAGAGGAGAAGGCUAAGAGACAGAUGGAUAAAGCUCUGCUUGAGAGCGAGAAGAAGAAGAGAGUGAAUGCGGAGAAGGAGACGGAGAAGAUCGCCAGAGAAACCAUGGAGCUGAUGGGUAGACUGAAACAGAUUGAGGAAGAGACCAAGAAAGCUCAGGAAGAGCUGGAGGAGCAGACUCGCAGGGCCCUGGAGCUGGAGAAGGAGAGGACGUUUGCCCAGGAGGAGACAGAGCGUCUGGAGAAAGAGCGCAGAGCAGCGGAAGAGGCCAAGGCAUCCCUCCUACAGCAGUCAGAGAGCCAGAUGAAGAACCAGGAGAACCUGGCCACCGAGCUGCUGACCUCUAACAUCUCCUUUCUGGAGGACGUAAAGAAGGAGAAGGACGACAAUACAAAGAGAUGGCAGAAAAGGACGGUCAUGGUGGAGGUUGAUUUGGAGCGGGCCAAAGACGUUCUGAAGACUAAAGACAUCCAGGACUGUGUGCAGGGGGACCACGACGAGACCGACGAGAGCAGCGACGAGGCCAGCGCCGAGCUGACAUCACCAGGCAUGGUCAGAGACCGCAGCGAGGAGGAACGCAUGACGGAGGCUCAGAAGAACAAGCGGCUACAGAAACACCUCAAGGUCCUGAGUAGUGAGUUGGCCAGCGCUCGAGACGACAGUAAGAAUACUCCCAACGACCUGAUCCACGCGGAGAACGUUAAGGCCGGCCGGGACAAGUACAGGACCCUCCGUCUGAUACGACAGGGCAACACCAAGCAACGCAUCGACGAGUUUGAGUCCAUGUGAGAGAGAGAGAAUGAGUGAGUGAGAGAAUGAGUGAGUGAGAGAAUGAGUGAGUGAGAGAAUGAGUGAGUGAGAGAAGUGAGUGAGUGAGAGAGAGAGAACAAGAGUCUGUACUGAAUCUGUAUUUGAAUGGAAGUCAUAUAGACAGGUGUACAGUGUAAUUAUAACGUCAACAGGUACAGUGUAAUUAUAACAUCAACAGGUACAGUGUAAUUAUAACGUCAACAGGUACAGUGUAAUUAUAACAUCAACAGGUACAGUGUAAUUAUAACGUCAACAGGUACAGUGUAAUUAUAACGUCAACAGGUACAGUGUAAUUAUAACGUCAACAGGUACAGUGUAAUUAUAACGUCAACAGGUACAGUGUAAUUAUAACGUCAACAGGUACAGUGUAAUUAUAACAUCAACAGGUACAGUGUAAUUAUAACGUCAACAGGUACAGUGUAAUUAUAACAUCAACAGGUACAGUGUAAUUAUAACAUCAACAGGUACAGUGUAAUUAUAACGUCAACAGGUACAGUGUAAUUAUAACGUCAACAGGUACAGUGUAAUUAUAACGUCAACAGGUACAGUGUAAUUAUAACGUCAACAGGUACAGUGUAAUUAUAACGUCAACAGGUACAGUGUAAUUAUAACGUCAACAGGUACAGUGUAAUUAUAACGUCAACAGGUACAGUGUAAUUAUAACAUCAACAGGUACAGUGUAAUUAUAACGUCAACAGGUACAGUGUAAUUAUAACAUCAACAGGUACAGUGUAAUUAUAACAUCAACAGGUACAGUGUAAUUAUAACAUCAACAGGUACAGUGUAAUUAUAACAUCAACAGGUACAGUGUAAUUAUAACGUCAACAGGUACAGUGUAAUUAUAACAUCAACAGGUACAGUGUAAUUAUAACGUCAACAGGUACAGUGUAAUUAUAACAUCAACAGGUACAGUGUAAUUAUAACGUCAACAGGUACAGUGUAAUUAUAACGUCAACAGGUACAGUGUAAUUAUAACAUCAACAGGUACAGUGUAAUUAUAACAUCAACAGGUACAGUGUAAUUAUAACAUCAACAGGUACAGUGUAAUUAUAACGUCAACAGGUACAGUGUAAUUAUAACAUCAACAGGUACAGUGUAAUUAUAACGUCAACAGGUACAGUGUAAUUAUAACAUCAACAGGUACAGUGUAAUUAUAACGUCAACAGGUACAGUGUAAUUAUAACGUCAACAGGUACAGUGUAAUUAUAACAUCAACAGGUACAGUGUAAUUAUAACAUCAACAGGUACAGUGUAAUUAUAACGUCAACAGGUACAGUGUAAUUAUAACAUCAACAGGUACAGUGUAAUUAUAACAUCAACAGGUACAGUGUAAUUAUAACGUCAACAGGUACAGUGUAAUUAUAACGUCAACAGGUACAGUGUAAUUAUAACAUCAACAGGUACAGUGUAAUUAUAACAUCAACAGGUACAGUGUAAUUAUAACGUCAACAGGUACAGUGUAAUUAUAACAUCAACAGGUACAGUGUAAUUAUAACGUCAACAGGUACAGUGUAAUUAUAACGUCAACAGGUACAGUGUAAUUAUAACGUCAACAGGUACAGUGUAAUUAUAACGUCAACAGGUACAGUGUAAUUAUAACGUCAACAGGUACAGUGUAAUUAUAACGUCAACAGGUACAGUGUAAUUAUAACGUCAACAGGUACAGUGUAAUUAUAACGUCAACAGGUACAGUGUAAUUAUAACAUCAACAGGUACAGUGUAAUUAUAACAUCAACAGGUACAGUGUAAUUAUAACGUCAACAGGUACAGUGUAAUUAUAACAUCAACAGGUACAGUGUAAUUAUAACGUCAACAGGUACAGUGUAAUUAUAACGUCAACAGGUACAGUGUAAUUAUAACGUCAACAGGUACAGUGUAAUUAUAACGUCAACAGGUACAGUGUAAUUAUAACGUCAACAGGUACAGUGUAAUUAUAACGUCAACAGGUACAGUGUAAUUAUAACGUCAACAGGUACAGUGUAAUUAUAACGUCAACAGGUACAGUGUAAUUAUAACGUCAACAGGUACAGUGUAAUUAUAACGUCAACAGGUACAGUGUAAUUAUAACAUCAACAGGUACAGUGUAAUUAUAACAUCAACAGGUACAGUGUAAUUAUAACGUCAACAGGUACAGUGUAAUUAUAACGUCAACAGGUACAGUGUAAUUAUAACGUCAACAGGUACAGUGUAAUUAUAACGUCAACAGGUACAGUGUAAUUAUAACGUCAACAGGUACAGUGUAAUUAUAACGUCAACAGGUACAGUGUAAUUAUAACGUCAACAGGUACAGUGUAAUUAUAACGUCAACAGGUACAGUGUAAUUAUAACGUCAACAGGUACAGUGUAAUUAUAACGUCAACAGGUACAGUGUAAUUAUAACGUCAACAGGUACAGUGUAAUUAUAACGUCAACAGGUACAGUGUAAUUAUAACGUCAACAGGUACAGUGUAAUUAUAACGUCAACAGGUACAGUGUAAUUAUAACAUCAACAGGUACAGUGUAAUUAUAACAUCAACAGGUACAGUGUAAUUAUAACGUCAACAGGUACAGUGUAAUUAUAACGUCAACAGGUACAGUGUAAUUAUAACGUCAACAGGUACAGUGUAAUUAUAACAUCAACAGGUACAGUGUAAUUAUAACGUCAACAGGUACAGUGUAAUUAUAACAUCAACAGGUACAGUGUAAUUAUAACGUCAACAGGUACAAUGUAAUUAUAACGUCAACAGGUACAGUGUAAUUAUAACGUCAACAGGUACAGUGUAAUUAUAACGUCAACAUUGCUUUAUUGACUUUGUAAGACCCCACUGCCUCUUCCCAGUAGUGUUUUGUCCACUGUGACUAAAGAUUGCCAUCUACUGGCUGUAUGUUUGCUAAAGUCAAAUUCUGUGGACUACAGACUGUAGGCUACUAGUUCAACAAUCAAAGUGAGUGAUGACAUUAUUACUACAUCAUUCCUGUUGCUUUUGGGUUUUGCAAUCUUGAAAUGCAUCUAUGCAAAAUAAUCCUUAGCUGAUACACUAUAAAACCCAUAUUUUUGUGUAUGCAUAGUUUAGUGAGAGGAACGGUUAGAGGUUAUUUACAAUGGAUGUCAUUUCACAGAUAUAAAUGAGCACCACAUUUGUUAAGUGUUUUGCUAUGAGUCAAAUAAAUACCAUUAACCAAUGUUGAA